AUUGUUUUUAAGAAAUAAUUAAAUAUAUACCGAAUAGUAAAAAUAGAACAAUUAAAAAAGAUUGAGAUAAAUAAAAUGAAUUUGAGUAAAAAGAAUGAAAACUUUAGAUCAUUAUAAAAUUAAUACAUCGACACUUUGUAGUAAAUUGACAAAAGUAUUAAAUAAUCAGUAGGAAAUGUGAAUAAAGAUAAACUUUAAAAGUUGAAGUAAGAUUUUACUUAUGCUUAAAACCUGCUUAAAGAAAUGGAUUUAGAAUGUUUGAGUAAUAGCCAAAAUAUAAAUUAAGCAAAAAGAGAGAUAUAGAUGCAUUAAAUGGACUUAAAAUAACAAUAGGCAAAGUAUCAAGAGAUGUUGGUUUUAAAUCAAAAGCACUGUCCUAAUUAAAUUUAAGGACUUGAUUAGUUUAUAAACGAUAUAGAGCUAUAAUAUGGAAGCGAAUAGAAUUAUGAAAGUUAUAAUAAUUUUUUUGCUGGAAAUCUGAAAUUAAUAUAAGCAAAAUAAGAUGUUUUCUUUAUGGAUUAACUAUAAAAUCAAAUGUAAAAGAAUAUUUACGAAUAAAAUAAUAAAUUAGAUACUCUUAAUCAAUAGUAAAAAGUGAUUGAAUCUGAUAUUAAACAAUCAAGUAAAUUGAUUAACAUAUUACAAGCAAAAAGAUAUUUAACCAAGUAUUUUAUAUACUUCAUUCUAUUCUUAUUAGCUAUACUUUUCUUUUAUGUAAUAUUUGAUAAAAUUGCUUAUUUUUUCAAAUGA